AUGUCAUCUUUCUCAUCGUCACCAUCAUCCGCUUUACCGACCAUAUCUCCUUACCUGCUCUCCUUAUUGCGGCAUGCUUACUUGUGGCCACCUAUUCUGAUUCCAACACCGGCUCGAAAAUCCACAAGUUCAUACACCAUUCGGGAUAUCUUGUCCAACAAUUCAUCAGUAGCGCACAUUGACUUUUGUCCUUUACUGGAGUUUUUGACGAGAUCACAGACUUUGGAUCAUAGUUUUGGAAGAUGUAAGUGCAUUAGUAAAAGUUUGAAGUCAUCACAAGUUCAAACUGUCUUCAAAAAACCACAAAAAAAGAAAGCACGAACAACGUUCACUGGCGGACAAAUUUUUGAACUUGAGAAACAGUUCGAGAAGAAGAAGUACUUGUCUUCCAGUGAGAGGGGUGAAUUGGCCAAGCUACUCAGUGUCACCGAGACGCAGGUGAAGAUCUGGUUUCAAAAUCGGCGGACAAAAUGGAAGAAGGAUGAAAUAGAGAAAAAUGCUACAGUUGAAGGCUGUAUUAUUCGGAAUAAUCAAGAACAUGACACUGCUUGA